UCAUCAACUUCAACACCAAAAUACAAUCAAAUUCUCCGCACUUUCCGGUCCAAGACUCUCACUUCCUGCAAAUCAAUUUUACGCAUAUCUACAAUCAAAAGAUCAAAAUGGCAGCAGAACUCAAGCUCGGUGAUUCCCUCCCUGCAGGCGUAACCUUCAGUUACGUCCCGUACACCCCGGAGAGCAGCGAAAUCACAGCUUGUGGCAUUCCCAUCAACUACGAUGCCAGCAAAGAAUGGGCCAACAAGAAAGUCGUCGUCUUCUCCGUGCCAGGCGCUUUCACCCCGGGCUGCUCCGCAAAGCAUCUCCCAGGCUACAUCCAGAACCUCACUGCAAUCAAGGGAAAGGGCGUUGAUAUUGUGGCGACGAUUGCGUAUAACGAUGCUUUUGUGAUGAGUGCGUGGAGCAAGGCGAAUGGGAUUAAGAAUGAUGAUAUUCUCUUCCUCUCCGACGUCGACGCCGCGUUCUCGAAGAAGUUGGGCUGGACUCUAGGCGAGCGAACUGCGAGAUAUGCGCUCAUCAUCGAUAAUGGCAAGAUCGUGUAUGCCGAGAAGGAGCCCGGGCGCGAGGUCUCUGUGAGCAGCGCUGAGGCUGUGUUGGCGAAGCUUUGAGCUUUUGCGGAUACAGUGACGUUGGGAAUGGAGUACGGGAGGGAGAUGACGAUGAUUAUGUGAGAUGAUACGAUGAUUUUGAUUUGAAGAUAGAUUGAUGGCGUAGCGAUAGAUGCUACUUAUGCGAGAUAGACUGAAUGCGAUGGUUUCUAUGCCGAGGUGGACUAGUCAUGCCCUUGACCAGAUAAUUGUGACUUGUCCGGGUUUCGUGGUAGCUAUGCGCUCCCGGUCUCCGGUGUGCCUACCGCCUCGACAUACAUUAUUUCUCAGAUUUGUUUUUGGAAUCACAACAGAGAAACUCAUCUCAAUGUCCGGAAUCCAUAACGUUCAAAAGUUUAGGAGUCUUUGCUACGAGAAGGGCCCGUCAGAAUCCUCUGUAUAAGCAAUUCCUGGGCGAGAAUGAGGACUCGGCGUGGUUAUGCAAACGGGAAUUAAGAAACGAUGGUGCGAUGCAGUACUGUUGAGAACUGUCUAGAAUAUGCUCACUCUUUUUGGCUCACUAGGCUAGAGAAGCAGACCACACUGGUUCCCAUUUCUCCUUCUGAUAAGAAGAGGCUUUGAUUCGCGGGUAUGUGAGGCUCGUACAGCAAGUCAGAACUUGAUAGAAUGAGGCGUCUUCUUCUUUCUAUUAUCUUUUUGGUUUAUUCAAGAUCUUAGGUAGAAUUCCCCGACCCGUCACCAAAAUAACAAAAUUGCCAAGGAGAAGAUUUACCCAAAC